UGAGCCGACCAAUGUCUGAUCCGCAGACGUGGACGCGCGCCUAUAAAGUGUACGCGCAAGCCAAGCUCGGUCAUUUCUGGAGUUUGCUGGAACAGGAACUGGAGCUCGAGAUCCUGUUUACUGUGGACUAGCUGUGUGACGCCCUGUUUGUUUCCAUUAAAAAAAAAAGCAUCAUCUAUUGCCUGGAUUUUUGCCUGCAAUUGCUCCUGCUACGUUCGCUUAAUCAAUUCUUACCACCUUGGGGCACCAUUCAGGAUGCCUUUUCAUCUGAUAAAAUUUAUAAUGAACGGGGACAUUGCGGUUGUCCCAGGUGGAUUGUAUGUUGAUGGGAUGGUUUUCUGGCCCAACUAUAAAAACACCGACAGAAUUAAAAGGGCCGCUUUAAAUGAGGAGCAGCAUGAGUCAAACUGGCCAAGAUUUGACGUUUCUGUUGUCCGAACUUGUGACAACUACAAAGACGCAUUAAAAAUAAUGCAGCAAUAUGGAAAGGGCUGCAACACCUCAGACCUGCAAUCUGAGGCAGAGAAUGAGCUGCCAGACAAAAGGAGCAGGAAGCCAGUCCAUCGUCUCAGGGACUCGGAUGAUAGCGAAGAAGACCCGGGAAAUAGUGACCUCGCAUCUCUGGGGUCGGCAAGCCAAUUGCACAGGCAGACUCCACCGUCUCGCCGGGUGCCAGCAAGAGUCGUGAGUACCUGUCAACUCGACUCCUCAACUGGAGAUAACUUUCUAGCACCUCACCAUGGGGAAGGACGUACUUAUAUGCCCUCACCAGCACCUGCAUUAAACAUGCAGAGAGUUACACAAGGAACGGCAGUCCCUCCUCGACUCCCUCCACCCCCCGCACCACCUCUCAACAUGUGGCAGACACAGUAGCCUGGAUACAGCCUGGCCUACAGGCCAACAUGGCGAGGGGGGAGAAUGGCUGACAACAUUUCCUGCUUUGCGGCUAAGGUCCACAUCCUUAGCCUGCUGGAAAAUAUUAAGCACACCCAAGACCAGCUGAUGGCGAAGGUAAACUUCUUAACAAGCAGGUUGACCUCGAACCCGGGGCCAGAAGUUGAAAUGCCGGCCAAUAUCCAGUUUCCACUGACACGGUUGGAGGCAGUGGAGUCAUUUGAGGCAUUUUUAAAUGACCCAUCAAAUGGCCCAGCUCGACAAAGAGUGGUGAGGUUUCUUACUUAAUAUGAAUGGUGCCAAUAGGUUUAUUGAUUGUCCAUGAUUAUGCAAAUAUUCUAUUGAAUCAGCGCUGACAACCAGGCCUGUCCUGAACCACCUUUUCCCAGUGGUAAGAUUAUGUCAGUGAGCCACAAUCGGCCUGGUUUGACAUCGUGUGUAAAGGUAGCAUAGGUCCAUGAGCCAAGAGAACAGGUUCUGUUUUUUUACAUUUCUGGACGCUUUCAACAGGAACAAAAACAUUUGAAAUCCAACUUAAGCUUAAAAAUGUUUACCUGUUUGUUUAAAGAGAUGUCUUUGCCUUUUAAAUUUCUUCUUUGGCCACCAUUUGAGGCCACAAUGUGAAGCGGGUGACCUGGAACAUCCUGGGCAGGAUGUUCACAAAGGAGGUUUCACAUCAGAUAAAUUGGAAGGGCGUCAACAACAAAGGCCUUUAGCAGGAUGGCAACAAAGACCUUGCUUUUCAGUGCUGUGAAAAAAAUCAGGUGACAAGGUUAGCCACGGACGCUGAGGUCACCAAACACGCCAUCAGGUGGUUCAACCUGGCGGGGGAUCGGGCAACGAGGAGACGAGUCCCGCCUCCACCUCCUCAGGAUGAAUAGAAAUG